GCGGGGGAGCACGCCCAGCUUGUCCUCGCAGAUGCGCAGCCAGGUGCGAUCCGUACCAUCAACAUGCAUUGAAGAAUUCCAGGAUUCAAUAUUCAUUCCUGCGGUCAACGUGCACUGGUGCUCUACAUUCAAAGAAUUCCAAGAUCCUCCUCCUCGUCCUCCGCCUCGUCGUCCCCACCCUCCACAGUCUGCGUGCCCAUGCAAGGUCAAGUUGCAGUUGACUGGGCGACGAAUUACAAAAAAACGCGGACAAUUGGCAACUGCAAAUGUUGCGCGCCAACACGAUCCGAAUGCAAAAUUCGGAAUUCUCGGGCGGAGACCAACACCCUGGACCCCUGGUGUGGGGCCACGGGUUGCCGUCCAGCCCGCGUGAAAUGCCCGCCUGGCCAGCGCAAAACGCCCGCGGCGGUGCGGCCGGGCGGCGCAGCCGGCCGGCCCCGCCCGCGGAGGGCGCCGGCCUGCACGCAGGGCGCGGAGGGCAGGGCGGAGGGAGCAGAGGGAGGAGCGAGGAGGGGGGAGGCUGACGGGGAGGAGGAGGAGGCGCACGACCGCACGUCGCCCUGAGGAAUCACUCCUCGAAGGCGCCAGCUGGGCCCCGCCCUCGCAGCGGCCUCUCGGGGGACAUGGCCUCGCAGCUGCGCCCUGGACUGCGGGCUGCAGCACGGCCGUGGAGGUCCAGGAAGCCCAGGGCGCUGGGCGCUGCCCUGCCCGGGCUCGCCUGCCGGCCCUUGGCGAUGCGGACGGCCACCACCGCCGCGCCCGCGAGGGCCGCCAGCAGCGGGCAGGCCGCGACGACGAGCCAAUGGCUGGGCCCUGCGC